GGGAGAAAGGGGUCCCAACAGCCCAAGCUCGUGUGUGAGGACACCAUCCUGCCUGCUUAUACACCUGCCUGCCUGCCAGCCUACCUGCCUGCUCGCUUGCCCACCUGCCUGCCCGCCGUCCAGCCUGCAGUCGCUAGCAGCCAGACCUCUAGCGUGAUUGGAGCUGCUACCAACCUGCCUGCCAGCCAGCCUGUCAACCAACUUGUCAACCUGUCAACCACCUCCAGCCUGCAGACCCUGCCAGCACACCUGCCUGUUGCCUGCCCUCACAGCACCAUGUGGGCACCAUCAGCCAAACUCAGUAAAAAGGAGCUCAGUUCCAACCAUGAGGGUACUGGCAAGACCACAGAAAAAGAGCAGCAAGAAGCAAUUGAGCAUAUUAUCGAUGAAGUACAAAAUGAAAUAGACAGACUUAAUGAACAAGCUAGUGAGGAGAUUUUGAAAAUAGAACAGAAAUAUAACAAACUCCGCCAGCCAUUUUUAAAGAAGAGGUCAGAAUUGGUCACCAGAAUCCCAAAUUUUUGGGUAACAACAUUUGUCAACCAUCCACAAGUAUCUGCACUGCUUGGAGAAGAGGAUGAAGAGGUGCUGUAUUAUUUAGCCAGAGUUGAAGUGACAGAAUUUGAAGAUAUUAAGUCAGGUUACAGAGUAGAUUUUUAUUUUGAUGAAAAUCCUUACUUCAAAAAUAAAGUCCUCUUCAAAGAAUUUUAUCUGAAUGACAGUGGUGAUCCAUGUUCAAAGUCUAGUGAAAUCAAGUGGAAAUCUGGAAAAGAUUUGACGAAACGUUCAAGUCAAAUGCAGAAUAAAGCCAGCAGAAAGAGACAGCAUGAGGAACCAGAGAGCUUCUUUACUUGGUUUACUGACCAUUCUGAUGCAGGUGCAGAUGAGUUAGGAGAAAUUAUCAAAGAUGAUAUUUGGCCAAAUCCAUUACCGUACUACUUGGUUCCUGAUAUGGAUGAAGAAGGAGAAGAUGAUGAGGAAGGAUUGGAAGAUACUGAUGAAGAAAGGGAUGAGGAUGAAGAAGACAAUGAGGGGGAGGAAGGAGAAGAUGACUAAUGGAACACAUAGAUUCCAACCUUUUUUAAUUCAUAAGUUACAUUCUCUCCCCCUCACCCCCCUCAUUGUGCUCAGUUGCCCUGUUUUUGAAGUCUCUUUUCACUCCUUUAUACCAUGGUUCUCAAUUGGGGUGGGGGGGGGGUGCAGAAUACAGUGGGAAAUAAUCUCUACUUGUAUCUGUUCUCAAUUCAUUUUUAUCCCUUCCUGUCUCAGCAAAAACUUUAUGGAAUCAGCAACACCAUUCUCUGUGGGGAAAAAAAGAAAAUCCUCCCAAACUUUUGGUAGCCGGAUGAUGCUAUGCUUUCCCCUCCUUUGUCUGUAUAUUGAUUACAUUGCUUAUAUGUGAAUAUGGACAGUUAGCAUUUACCAACACGUUAUCAGUCUAGUUUCAAAAAAAAAAACUUAAAAAAAUGGGAUUAUAGAAGGUCAGCAAAGGGUUGUUUUGAGAUAUCUGGGUGGGUAAGUGGGCAUUUUGACAACAUGGCUUCUCCUUUGGCAUGUUUAAUUGUGAUGUUUAACAGAUACCAUUGCGAUUUAAGAUGAUACUUUUAAAAAAGUAAACUGUCUCAAUGACUUUGGCCCUGCCUCUCAAUGGGAGAAUCAGCAGAACCCAUAGGAUUGUCUUUGGAAUUGACAUUCUCUGUUGUAAUUUUGUUCUUGUUUAUUUUUAAAUUUUCUUUCUGUUUCACUGGAAAGGAAAGAUGAUGCUCAGUUUUAAAUGUUAAAAAUGUACAAGUUGAUUUGUUUCAAUAAAAUUAAAUGUGUACACAAAAAACCAGGAAUGUUAAAUAUUAACAAGUGUUUAAAAUAUAUAUAUAUAUCACUGGAUAAUG